UACCGCGUGGUGCUUGUGCUGUUGGUUAAAGUGCAGCCCGUGAACACUGAGGACAUCCAGGCUGCUGGCAGCCUCUUUGUUCUCCUACACGCUCAGCGGGGAGACGCAGCUCGCCUCGCAGUGCAGCUGCAGCCAGCCUCGUCUCUGCUACAUCAGCCCGCGCAUGCGCACCGGCUCUCCUGUGCGCUCUACUGUUUGCAUUGUGUCUGAACUGCCGGCGAGCUUUAAAAAUAUUAUCCCCACCGCGGCAAUGUCGGGCAGGUCGGUCCGAGCUGAGACCCGGAGCAGGGCGAAAGAUGACAUCAAGAGGGUUAUGGCCGCAAUUGAGAAAGUACGAAAAUGGGAGAAGAAGUGGGUGACUGUGGGAGACACGUCCCUUCGCAUCUACAAGUGGGUCCCGGUGACGGAGCCCAAAUCGGACGACAAGAACAAGAACAAGAAGAAGGGCAAAGACGAGAAGUACGGCUCGGAGCUGACGACCCCGGAGAACAGCUCGUCUCCGGGGAUGAUGGACAUGCACGAUGACAACAGCAACCAGAGCUCCAUCGCCGACUCGUCCCCAGUGAAACAGGAAAACAGUUGUAGCACCAGCCCCACCCCAGAGCCCACCGCCGUGUCCCACCGCGAGAACAGCGAGGCCAAGACUGACCAGAGCCCGGACAGCAAGAGGGGUAAGAGCACCCCGUCAUCAGAGACCUCAGAGCGAGCACAAAGUGCCAAGAGAGACAGCCUGUCCUCAGGGGAGAAGACCUCUUCAGACAGCAAAGCCACUCAGGACCAAGAGGAGGAGGCCCCGCCCAGCAAGAAAAGCAAACUGGAGUCCUCGUCUCAGGACUUUGAGGAGAGUUAAAUGUUUGGGGCUGAUUCAUUUCUCUCCUUCACCCUCCUGCUCCUCCUCGUCCUCCUCCCCCCCUCCCUCUGCACCUCCCUCCAUUAACUCUAGAAAAUUUAGGGCUAAUGGACACACCAGCUCUCCUCCUGCUCCUCCUCACUCCCCCACCUCCUCUUCUUUACCCAAACUAUACCAAAGGGAGAAUGGACGUCUCUCUUCGCUCCCUCCCCGCCUCCCCGCCUCCCCCUCCUCCCCUCCCGACGGCUGUUUCCCCUCCAGUCUGCCCCGACACUCCUCUGCCACAGAGGGAGAAUGGAUAUUACCUCUAUUCACUGGUCCCCUCCGUGCUUCCUUCCAGUUCUCCACACUUUUCACUAAUGCCAAGAGAAGCUCUGAACCCGGGGCUGCAAUCCCCUCUGUGACCAGGGGCGGCGCCGUCAGCCGAGCCCAGCCAGCCGCCGCCAGGCCAGGCCAGACCACAAACACUGACCUGCAUCUGUGACCAAGAGAGUUAACACUGGGGAUCUGAGAUUAGGACGAGGUCGAUCCCGCACGCUGCUCUGAGACCGCUUUUAAAACUGCUAACGGUUUAGCUCAGGAUACUCAAGAGGCUAACCUGGUCUCAGAUCAGCGGCUGCUGGGGGGAACCUCCACCCUAAAACCACGUCACGUCAAUCCUCCCGAUUCGCCUCCUGUUAGACUAAUGUUCUAUACUUGUUUAGGAAACGUUUAGGGUUUUUUUCUCAGGAGGGUCAAUGCACUGUUAUGGUAUGUCACAAUCGAUCACAGAUAGAUUUGCUGCUGUAGUGGAAGUCUUUUUUCUCUAUCCAUGAAAAGUUCUCCAUUCACGCGUUCUUUAAAGUGAGUUAGUCUUUGGUUGGUAGAAGAAGACGACGAUGGUACAAGUCAAGAUGAACUCUUGGAUAAGUAGUGAAGACAGGCGUCGGUAGCGUAGGUCCUGAAGGUGUGCCUUGAGUUGCGACAAUUAAAUACACGUUUUAGGUCAAGCGGGGUUUGAUUUACAAUUUCAGUGCCAUUUUUUUUCUCUUUUUUUGCCUUAUAAUCAUCACUAAUUAGUUUUAUCCAAUAUUUAUAUUCAACUACAAGAGUUUUGUUUUUAUUUGAAGAAAUAGUCCAACAUUUUGGAACAUAUUCACUCUCUUUCCGACAAUUUGUUUAGAAGACUGAUACCAGUCUCGUGUCUGUCCGGUAAUUAUUAAGCCGAGAUCAGGAGGCGGUUAGCUUAGCUUAGCAUAAAGACUGCAAACGGAGGGAAACUGCUAGCCUGGCUCCAUCCAAAGGAAACAGAAUCGCCUACAAGCACCUCUGGGAGCUCGCUAAUUAAAAGCACAGUAUGCCGCUAGAGGUCUCUAGAGGAAGAUGUACGUUGCGUUGGAUCAUGGGAGUUGUAGUCCUCAUUGUUUAACACCAUUGUCGAUGAACAUCUGCCUGGCGUGACUGAUAAAGAAAUACUCACAUAUUUGGUAAUGUUUUAAAAGUUUUACUCACGUUAGACAGAAUGAGAUACGUGUUCUUUAGCUUUAGAGGUGAGUGUAAGCUGUUUUUAACCUUCCCACAGGACCAGACUAACUGCUUCCUCCUGUUUUUAGUCCUCAUGCUAAGCUAUGCUAAGCUAACCUUCUCCAGGCUGCAGCUUCAUAUUGCUGUGCAGACAUGAGAAUAGUACGAGUCCUCUCAUCCAAACUCUCAGCAGGACAGCGAUUGAAGCGUGUUUCCAAAGGUGUGGCACUGUACCUUUAAAACCUUUUUUGGACUGGAAUUUGAACACUACCCAGAAGUACUUAAGUUUUGUCUUCUGGAAAAGUAAACAUCUGCAAACCUGGUAAGUCAGAAUUCCCAGUCACUGGUCUGUGACCACUUCUGGUGGGCACUUUUUUCCUUUUAAAGUAGAAACAGACCAGUCGCUGGGCCUGGUUUUCCCCUCUGGUCCACCAUCUUGACUGGUAUUUAAUCACUUCUCAUGUCUGUUCUGUGUAUCACUACUUAUCUAUGACCUGCAAAUGUUUCUGUAGCUCCACACAGAAGGGUCCAGUCUCUUAGCUCGAACAUUGGUUCUAAUCCUCCUUCAAGGUGCUGUCUGUUGUCUGAAUCCAAACUCGUGUGGCAUCGAGAUCUCGGUUUUGUGCAGAUUUGUGCAAUUUACUUGAACUUUAUAGUGCGGAUUCAGACGUGUGACCUCUAACGUCCAACCUCACACAUGUCAGAUUUAAUUUCAUUAAUCAGUCGUGAAUAUGGAUUGUAAUCAAUUGAAUCACAAAUCAGCAACUUCAUCACGCAAAAGGAGCUGUAGAAGUGACAGAAUUACUUGAUCAGACUUCAGCCAAUCAGCAUUCACAUGGAUGGAGAGAAAAGAAAUGUAAAAAAUUGUCUCAGUUUAGAGGAUGGAUUAGCAUAUACCUCAUUCCCAGUCCAGCAGCGCUGGAACUUAAAAUGCUAUUGUAUUGACAUUAACAGUUAUAAACAGCAUUAUGUACACUCAGUUUCAAAAUAAAAUCUCACUUAUGUUGUAGCUUUCACCUGAUUGAGCCGAUUGCUUAUAGUUUGCUCAUAACUGUGUGUUUUAAAGAAAAGAGCUGUGAGAUAUAAAAUCAUGUAUGUUUUUUUUUCUUGGGACCAUUUUGUUUCACUUUAGAUCUUGUACAGAUUUAUGGUUUGGUUUGACUUAUUUAUUCCAUCAGUAGUGCUUGGUUUUUAUCAUGUCCAAUGGUUUUGUUUUCUUAAUAAAAUUCACAAAACUU